CUGCUGCCCGCUCGCCGCUCAGUUGUAUUUCUGCCUUCUGGCUCUUUCCUCUUCCUUCUUCUUUGCUUAUUUCUUCAAAUUUUCAAUUUGAUCAAAACAAAAGAACGUUAUUCAAGCAUUUUCAUUUUAAAUUAAAACUUUUAUUUAAUAAAAAAAUUAUCUUGCUGAGAUUUUACACGUGUCAAGUCGUAGGCCGUAGCCUUCAGGGUUUCUACCUGCAGUAGACCACACAUUUUAUUUUCCCGACUUCAACACUACUCAUCAACAGAACAUCAUGACUUUUCCUACUGCUGUAAAAAAAACUGGACCUCUUACAAUCUCCAAAACUGGAUCAGGAUCAAAGACUUUAUCACCAGGAUCUCCUAGAUCACCAGGGUCUCCUCUAAAUCUUCCUGCAAAAACGAUAUUACCUGGAUCUUCAAAAGCACCACUGGCUACUAAAGCUCCUGAAAAGGUCAAUGUUGGAUCUACUGUGAAAAAACCUUCUGUUCCUUUGAAAAGUUCUACUGUUAAAUCUGUCAUUGAUGCUAAAUUAGGAUCAGAAAAAUCAUUAGCUUCUGCUGCUGUCAAAGGAGUGACAAAAUCUGUGACUAAACCUCCUCCACUCACUAUCAAAGUAAUGGACGCCAAAGGAUUGCAAUCUCCUAAAACUCCAACAAUAUCAUCGAUAAAAUCUCAAACUUUGACCAAGUCCCCAAUUGCGACCAAACCUUCCGUUUCUAAAUCAACUUUGGUUCCAACCGGGAUAGUUAGAUCACCAUCAAUUACUAAAUCUGUUACUUCACCGCUAACUAAAUCUCCUCAAGUAAAAUCAACUUUAACACCAAAAUCAUUAGCUUUGUCUUUGCCAGUUGCUAAAUCUCCCCAGACAUCAGUAAUAUCUAAAACGACUACAACUAAUUCUGCAGUGCCAAAAUCACCAACAGGGCUCACCAAUCAUUCAACUCUAGCAGCAAAGCCUGUAACAUCUACAGUAAUUAAAGUUAGCACUUCAUCAUUAAAAUCAAAGGAACAAGCAACUGUUGGAAAAUCUACUACUCCAGUUAAAAAAGCAGCUAUACUAUCUGUUAAGAGUUCUGCAGGUGUUAAAAGUCCGAUUAUUCCCUUAAACAUACCUUCAAUGAUAUCAAAAACUCCAUCUGCUUCUAGCAUGAAAUCAAUGUCUUUGAAGACGCCUACUUCUCCUUCAAAAUUAUUAACCAAAGAACCAUCUAGCACUGCAAAAAUAUCUUCUUUAAAGUCCAUGAAUAAAUCCAAUGAAAUUUCUAAAUCUAAUCCAACUUCUUCAAAAGCUAUUGUUAAAAAAGAAUCCAGUAMUUUAUCAUUACUAUCCACAAAGUCAUCUCCGGCAAUAAAGUCUUCUACUUUAGCAGUGUCAAAAACUUCAACAUUGAAAGCCACUGUUACUCCAUUGUCGUCAUCAUCAGUUACUAAGAACUUGGUUCCUAAGUCACCGGUAGCCAAAACAAAGCCGUUAGCAGUGGUAAAAAUUCCAUCAUCACCUACAGUAAGAACUCCACUGUCAUCAAUGACAAAAUCCCCAUCAUCGCCAAUUGUAAAAACAUCAUUGUCUCUAGCUUCAAAAGCUAAAACUCCACAAUCACCAACAAUGAAUACAAAAUCUCCUUCAUUAUCGUUGGUCAGACCACCUUUAUCACCGGCAGUAAAAAAAAUGGUACCAACCAAAUUGAUAUUAAGCCCUGGACCAUCUAAAAGCAGAUCACUUUCAUCUUCUAAACUUAAUUCAGUUUCAACUGAAAGUUUGUCUUCGAGAACAUCUCUGAAGUCUCCAAUGACUCCUAGAUCCACUAAAGUAGUUACUAAAAGUCCUUCACAAAUAAUUAAGAAAACUGAAGAACCAAAAGCUAAAGGUAUUCGUGGUGGGCAACCCAUUAGAAAAACUAUUGAAAUUCCAGGAAUAACUGAAUUACCUUCCAAUCUGGUUUUGAACCAACCAGAAACUCUACAGUUUGAUUUUGUAUUAGAAAAUGCAGUUGAAAAUGUUUUGAAAGAGGAAAUUGAAUCCACAAUCACUCAAAUACCAGAUCAUGAUUCGUCAGAACUUAAGAAAUUAGAAUUUACCAAAGCGGUUGAAAACAUUGAUGAUGGCCUAUGUUUGGCUAAUGAUUUGGUCAAUGAAGAAAGUGCACCUUCAAACUUAGUGGAUACUGAAAAUGUCAGUCUGUCACCAGAAAUCCAUGAACAUAGUUUAGAAACUAUUGAAGAGGACUCAAUAGAACCUUUAAUAAUUCCGUCACUCAAUGACMAAAAACAAGAAGACGUUAGUAUUGAAUCAGACUUUGAAGUUGUGAAGAAAGAUGAAUGUGUACCACAAUUAAAUAGCAUUUCUAACUCCACUAAUAAUUGUAUGAUUGCUUUUAAUGAAAACCAUUUUAAUGUAACAAAUGAAAAUAUAACUUCAGAGCAGCAGUUGGACGAAACACAGUCGUGCAUCAUAGAUAUAGAAGAUCAUUUUGAACCCAUGAAUGACAAAUUAGUUCUAGGAGACGUGCCAUUUGAAACCGAUUCAAGUCAAGAUGAAAUUUCUGAUAAUGAACAACCUAUUCAAAAGGAAGUAAUCAAAAAUGAAAGCUGUGGCGCAGAACAAAACAAAUGUACGGAUGAUGUAUUUAUAUUCACAGACAAUUUAUCAAUUAAUAAUUUUGAUAGUGCUGAUAGUACUGAAAAUUUCAUGCAUCAAUUUAUGCCAAAAUCAAUUGAAAGGUCAGAAGGUUCAUUAUCUAUUAGUACAGAUGACGAAAGUCUUCUUAGUCGUAAAUCUUAUUCGGAAGCCGUUUCGGGAUCACCCAAAGAUAGUGAAUAUUAUUUUGACUAUGAUUUUGAAAUGGUUGAUGACUGUUUGGAAUAUGAUGAUGAGAGGCGUUCAUCAGUAUUUGUUGAAGUGACUGAAAAAGAAUUUCCAGAACUUAAACCAAAAGAUUUAUCUGGCAAAAGAAGGAGAAACAAAAAACAGAAGAAGAGGAAUUAUAGUAACAGAUCAGAAUCUCAAUCAGAUCCAACUACUGAAAUUAAUUACAACCCUGAAGAUUUUGAUGGAAAUGAAUUUUGUCGUUACAUCAAGAUGAUGAAGGAUUGUUCGUUUUAUCCAAAUGGAUUAUUUUCUUCAGAUUCAGUAAAAUUAUCUACAUCAUCAUCCCUAUCGUGGUUAGACAUUUCUGUCCGUACUACUGAUGAUGACUUAACUCCAUCUACAGAAUACCUAAGUACCUAUGAAGUUUUCCAAGCAAGUAAUUUGAAUAAAGAAUUCUUAACGUCAAUUAUUGGUUCCAACGAAACAACUACGACAAAUGAAACUUCAUGGUUUUGGAAAUCUAUUGAGGGUAAACAUCAACCGCACAACAAAGCCAAUAUUACGCUUAGUCUGCAACCMAGGCCUAAGCAUUUAACUACACCUCGUUUCAUGGUUCUUUUGGCGCUCAUUAGUGAGGCUAAAGGUUAUGAAAUAAUACCAUCAUUGUCUGUAAAUUUUGUCACUAGAGACUGCAUGUCCAGAUUUGAUGAUAAAAUUAGACGGCUCAUGGUUCAAGGAUUUUGGCUUAUUGGCCCUUUAAUAAAAGAAAGUUUGUACGAGGACGAAGAAGCGAAUUGUGAAAAUCCAUUUGAGUUUGUUGAUGGUGACAUUGGCUUAUGGUGGGCAGGAAUCAAUAUGUUGGAUUGGCAAGAGCAUUUGAAAGAAUGCGGUAGUAAAAACCAAGAACUACCAAACUGUUAUCAGUUUGUUAUUGAAAACAUGGGUAUGACUAAACGCCGGAACACAGCUGAAGCUGAAUCUAUUAUGAAUGCUGUACCUGAUGACUUUAUGAGUGAAUUGGAUAUGGAAAAUUUCAUUCACACUGUACGCAAUGUCAAGUACUACUGUGGCAAAUGUUUUGUGGACAGUGAAGAAAAUUUAGAAGCACAAAAUGUAGUUAAUGAAGAUGAUGAUGAUCUUAUAGAAUGGGAAAAAAAUCCUGUUGAAAAAAUUUAAAUACUUUUUGGUAUUGUUAAAAUUUAAAAUAUAUAUAUAUAUAAAUUCAUUAUUAAGUUUAAAAUAUUUAGUAAGGUAAAUAACAAUAUAAAUAUAAUGACAAGAAAUCAAUCUGUUGUUUUGACAUAGGUUCAAUAAUUAAACGUAUAUUAUGUUUUUUCUUCCUUUAAUUUUCUUAAUUAGAACCAUAGACUAAGUUWAAUAACAAAUUAUUGUGAUGUAUUAGUAUAGAUAGUUAAUAUAGUUAAUAGUAUAAUAAUAGUUAAGCAUGUUUAAU